GUUGGUCUCACUUCCACAAAAAAAUGUAGACAUGGCAAUGUCGCGGUCGGUGCUGACACACUCCCAUCGCCGUCCCCCGACUGAGGUAAUGAAAUGGGUAAACCAGCGGCGCUCGGCACCUUACCUAAGGUAAGAGCUCCAGCUCUCCCCAACAAACCAUCAAGCUCAGGAAACAAGUGCGCGCCGCCCCCCGCACCAGGUAGGUAGUAGUGUCUGAGCAGGCACGGACACUGGGGACUGCCUUCCGUAACCUCGAAGACGUCACAAAAGAAAGCCAAAAGCUUCCCGUUUCCCAGUCUUACAUUAGCCCACGCCGUGGGAAAUCGAUUACUCGGGCGGCCAAGGGAGGGAUGGAAUGGCUCAAGGCAGUGCCUAUCGAGAGAAGUCCGAAGCUGCAACCUUGAAAUCAUCAUCCUGGAGACAAGCUCCCCCUUCUUACCAUCGACCUCAGUCUUUGCUUCAAUCCUCAAUUUCCUCUUCUUCCUCUCUUCUAGAUUUGUCCUAAGGCUCACGAUAGAUUCAAUUGGCGCCUGUGAUACAAUACGACCACCUCUGUACCGCCGUUUUAUAAUCUACGUAACGUCACGCUUGAGAAAAUAAGUCGGCCCACGGUUUGGUCCUGCAUCAGUUGCAGCAUCGCCGCCCACCAUGAUCCUCGGACCGGUAUCACUGCUCGACUGUCUGGUCUUUGUCAUCUUCCUGACGCCGCAGCUCCUCAUCAAUGUUGGUUUCUUCCCAACGGUAGUGGUCACUCUGAAGAUGCUGCCUUUUCUCGUGUUUCAGCUGCCGACGUCCCUGUUCCACGAGCGGUAUCUCCUCAGCCACGACGAGCAGUCGCCUUUUGUGCAGCGCGCGAGUUUCUUCGAAGAUUUAGUCAUACGCUGCGUGCGUUACGCCUUUGCAAACUUGCCAACCAACAUUGGACGUGUCUUCUUCUCAAAGUACAUAUCUCUGCCGUUUCUGCGGUUUCGAAUGCUGCGGCAUGGCUAUCUCAGGUCACCUGCAACCUGGAGUGAGCACAAGGAAAGGGGCCAACACGGCUUCGAAGGGGUUUGGAUCCAAAAGGAUGCGUCGCAACCGCCCGACAUUGUGGUAUACUACGCCCACGGAGGCGGUUUCGCCAUGGGCUCCGCGUACUUUUACCUCGAGUUUCUUCUGUCGUGGCACUCGCUACUCGUCCAAGCCGGCUACCGGAACCCUGCCAUAUUCUCUCUCGAGUACACCCUCGUGCCCGAUAAAAUGUACCCGAGGCAAAUGUACGAGACUUUGAGGGGCUAUAAGCAUGUCCUGAAAAAAGUUGGAGACCCACGUAAGGUGGUCGUUGCAGGAGACUCAGCGGGAGCAACCCUGAUAUUGACACUGUUGCUGGAGCUGGGCCACAUGAACGAGGCCCGGGCAUUCAAGGAAAAGAGUGACGAUUCCACCGCAUCUGAAGGUCGAAGUCAGGAGCACUUGCGUCAAGCCUCAGAGUCCCCGCUUCCAGGGCUUUGCGUCUUGAUUUCGCCGUGGGCCAAGCUCAUUUCCAACAAGCAUGAAAAUACGGCCAGCGACUUUCUGGAUCGCGACACGCUAUGGAAAUACGCGGUGCAGUAUGCUGGGGCAGCGCAUGUCUACGACAAGACCGCGUCGCCUGGGCAGUGUGCCGAUCCUCGGGUGUGGGCGGAAGCUAGUCCACUUUGUGGCUUCUUCAUCACGUACGGAUCAGAAGAGGUGUUCGCACCCGACAUCAAGGAUCUGAUUAACGUCUUGGUCAAAAGUACCGAGGUCGACAGUCGCAGCGAGGAUGGCGGGAUACACGCCUGGCCCGUUGUUUCGUUAUUCCUGUCAAGCACCGAAGACAAGAGACUCAAGGGUCUGCGGACACUCACGUCAGCCAUCAGAAAACACAUCCAGUAGAAAGCCUGUCAAAGGCAGAUUGUUGUUUUUUUUAGAAAAAGUCUGAUUAGAUCAAGUAAAAACUGUCAUAGACCGAGGCACGCCAACCUCGAAACCUGAGUUGGGACAACUCGGUUUCUACAGUCGUGGCCUCUUGGGGUGGUCUCCAGCUGUUUCUCUUCGUUAUCUUCAUCCCUGGCCACCAAUAGGAUAUGGCGUAAACAAUAGAAUUUAGUGGUUUGAUUACCUGCAUAAUUGAGUUGCGUUCCUGCAUACCGGGCCGUCCGCCGACAGGAAAUUACGACGGUAGUAGGGUGAAAUCUGUUCGGAAAAACGUUGACAAACAUUUCGCGAAGACGCGUUGAAGGAUGCAGAUAAGUUCUUCCUUGGUAGCCCCGCUGCAAAGUCGCUUCGGCGGGAAGGGCGAUUGGCGACCUAGACCCGGGGCCCGGGGGGCAGCGCAUUCACUCGAGGUGCCGUCGCAAAGCUCAGACGGGCAGGGAGCUGUGGUGGGUCUCGGAUGAAGUCAUGUGUGGUUCAAACAGUGACGAGUCGAGGAGCGCGACGGCUUUGCGACAGAAAACAUCUUUUUCGGACGACGGGGUUCCUUGAUGAUGGCGCGCUGCAGAAAGAGCUCGUCUGCCUAAGGAGCAGGGAGAGUGCCAGCUCCAGGCAGCAUUGAGGGCAGAUGGCGGCGGGGUUCGACGAUGUUGGGUGUCUCAUGAAGACAAAGCAAGCUCGUCCGUAGGUCAGGGCCACGAGGUAUAAAGGCACAUCGAGAAUGAAGAGUAACGAGACAAGAUUUUCUCGAAGUCCAAGGUUGCGCAAAUGCCAGGUCUAGAAUCUGAAAACAGGGGCCGAAACGACAUGAGGGGAGCUGGAGCUGAGACGGUAAAAGAGAUCAGCCAGCCUGCCGUGGCCUACUUUGCUUCGGUUGAGCCAUCCUUUUCAGCCUGCCUCACGUUACUUCGCGCCUCGAGAUGCAGCCACGUCUGCGAGGUUGCGACAUGCGGCGGUAAGCUGGGACGAAGGGGGAGACAUCGACCAUGUGGCGAAAUUAGUGAUGACGCCGAUGAGGUGCGACUAUUUUGGCGCGAACAGAAUGACUGAAGAGAUCCCGGUACCUAGGUUGGGAAAGAAGAAGAAGGAGGAGGAGGAGGAGAAGAAAAGAAGCGUUGUUCAAGAAACGGAACUGAAGAAGGACGUGCCGACUUGGGCGCAAUGUGAACAUUCGGGACGCCUUGAAGAUACCUUACCUUCCGUGCUCCCUGAUGAAGGAAGGUAGAUGGCCAGGCAGGU